AUGACAGAGCUGACAGUCAUGGACACUUCACAAGAGAUAGCGCAGUCGAACCCUAACCCCGAUGAGGCCAUUGACAAUUGGACGGGCAUUACUGACCUGGCUGAGCGGCGAAGACGCCAGAACCGAAUUAAUCAGAGAGCAUACAGACAACGCCGGCGGCAGGCAGACAAGGCUAUCCCUCCAAAGAGUAAAGUCACAUCCCAGUCUAGCACGAUAUUCGAGCGAUAUCCUCUCGGAGAUCCCCUCUCCGACCAUCUCAUGACACUGACCAGGGUCAACGUCUUCCGAGCAUAUGGGCUUAACUUGGAAAGUAUCGGACUCAACUUGGAUGAUAUGACCGACGACGCUAUAUCGCCUUUUAAUCUCGCCUCGGGUCCCGAGGUGUUAUUAUCCCAUGAUAAUGUUGAGACGCCUCUCAGCCUCCGGCCGACCAAGAUUCAAAGAACGGUGCCCCAUCACCCUUGGCUUGACUUCUUCCCAUUACCAAAAAUGCGUGACAAUUUGAUUGAAGCCGGUGAUGACUGGGAUGACUGUGAGCUUUGCAAUGAUAUCAUGGGUUUUUGA